AUGGUUAUUUUGAAUAAAAUUCUGUUUGCUAAAAAUGUGAUUAGUAGUGUAGUGCUUGCACUGGAACUAGCAAUAACUGCCAAAGUUGUAGUGUUGGUUACUUAUUAUAAAUUAGUUCAUGUGUGCAAAAAUGCUAAAGUGGAUUCUAUGCUAAUAACAAAAAUUGUUUAAAAUGCGAUUAGUAAUGCGCUACUUGUUCUUAAACAAGUUCAAACUGUCUCACCUGUUAAUAAGGUUAAGUAUUAUAAGAUAGUACCUGCUAAUAAACAUGCAACUAAGGAUAUUUUGAAUAAAAUUCUAUUUGUUAAAAAUGUGAUUAGUAAUGCGCUACUUGUUCUUAAACAAGUUCAAACUGCCUCACCUGCUAAUAAGGUUAAGUAUUAUAAGAUAAUACAUGCUAAUAAAAAUGUAAUGAUGGUUAUUUUGAAUAAAAUUCUAUUUGCUAAAAAUGUGAUUAAUAGUGUACUGCUUGCACUGGAACUAGCAAUAACUGCCAAAGUUGUAGUAUUGGUUACUUAUUAUAAAUUAGUUCAUGUGUGCAAAAAUGCUAAAGUGGAUUCUAUGCUAAUAACAAAAAUUGUUUAAAAUGCGAUUAGUAAUGCGCUACUUGUUCUUAAACAAGCUCAAACUGUCUCACCUGUUAAUAAGGUUAAGUAUUAUAAGAUAGUACUUGUUAGUAAACAUGUAAUGACGGAUAUUUUGAAUAAAAUUCUAUUUGCUAAAAAUGUGAUUAGUAGUGUACUGUUUGCGCUCAAACUAAAAAUAACUGUUAAAGUUGUAGCGAAGGUUUCUUAUUAUAAAUUAGUUCAUGUGUGCAAACAUGCUAAAAUGGAUUCUAUGCUUAUAAUAAAAAUUGUUAUAAAUGCGAUUAGUAAUGCACUACUUGUUCUUAAACAAGCUCAAACUGUCUCACCUGCUAAUAAGGUCUAUUUUUAUAGGACAACUAAUGCUUAUCUAAAUGUGAUCCUGGCUACUAUGUUUAAGGGAAUAUUUGCUUAAAAUGUAAUUAAUAAUGUCUAACUUGCAAUGGACCAUCUGAAAAUAACUGCUUGA